AGGAAGUGACGUGAUAAUGUUUUGAUUCGUGCGGGCCAUUGCAGUGACCAGCAUCCCCCUUAUAGCUAACUACAUCUAGGGAAAACGUUGAGCUUCAUGUCCCCAUAAUUUCUGUCACAUAGGAGAACGCAAUGGACCUCCACAAAAUCAUCCACAGUGCGCUGCACGAAUUUAUUCAGGUUUACAUUCCUGAUGCAGAUCUCAGCACACUGGAUGAUGUUCUUCUCUCUUACAUCACUGGUGUCCUGGAGGAUCUUGGCUCCCAGCAGAGUGUUGAGGAGAACUUUGAUGUGGAGGUCUUCGCAGAGAUGCUAGAAGCUUACAUACCUGGUUUCGCGGAAAUUGACAGUGUCAAAGUCUGUGAAAUGAUGUUCAAUCUGGCUUCCAAACUAGCUACUGCUAGGACAUCAGCUGAUGAAGCAAACCUCGAGCCUAAGGCAAGGGCAGAAGAGAUUUCAUUGAAACUCACCGACCUGCCCAGUGAACCGCCACCAGGAGAAACGCAGUGCCUUAAAACAAAAACAGAGGGCGCCACUGCCAAGCUACCAGUGUCUGAGUGGGAGUCCCAGGAGCAGCAUCUGCUGGAGAUGUUUCCCAAGUGUAGUCUGUCCGAGGCUCGCAGCGCCCUGUCUAUUGCCAAAGGGGACAUGGAGGAAGCUGUGCGCCUUAUCAUAGAGGGUGAUGUCCAUCUCAGCCCUACUCCUCUUAAUGUAAACCAUGGGAAGAGCAUUUCUUCACUGGUAGACCAGAAACUUAAAGAGAGCAUCCUUGAGAAGUACAUGCUGGUGGACAGGGAGGAUGAUAAGAAAACACACCGGCCUGUCCCCCCCAAGGAUGCUCCAAAGAAGCUAGUUCGGUACCACAGUAACCAGGUGGUAACCACAAAAGGAGAGCGAUAUCACCUUGUGAAGAAAGACGAGGCGGAGGACAUGAAGAAGACAUACGUCAACCUCAAGCCUGCACGAAAGUACAGAUUCCAUUAAUGACGUGCACACCACAGUGUAAGAGAAGCUAACAACAAGUUUGUUUAUUUCUUUUUUUAUUCAUUUGGCCGGAAUUUGUUAGAUUCUUCUCAAGUAAAGGAACAUAUUUGUUUUAUGUCAUAUGUUGUCAUAUGUUGUUGUUUCAGUGGCUUAUUUUAAAAUAUUGUUACCUUUUUAUAUGCCUUGGUUACAACAUUUGACAGUUUGGUGUGAUAUUUUGGUGAUGUUGUAACUUGUGUUCUGGUUUGUGUAGCAGCCUAACCUAUCUACGUUUUGUCAUCUCAGCAGGUCUGAUGUUGCAUUGACCAUAGUGAUUUUUUUUUUUUUUAACCUUUUAAUUUUUUUUUUUGUAUUUUCUUUAACUUACAAUAGAAAAUAUGGAUUCCUAACUGUGACUUAAAGUUGUAUGAUGAAUCUACUGUCAUUUCUGUAAAUAAGUUCUCGUGGUGCUGUAGUUUCUUCUAGACGUUACAAGUGAACUGCUUUUGUAUGUACAUAUCAAAUCAUUGAUGCCAAUUUUAUUUAAAGUUCUAGUUUUACAUCAUACAGGAAGACAGUGCUGUUUGGCCAAGCCUUGUGAUUUGGACAAUUUGUUGUGCUACAAAAACGUUUUUGACUAAAAACUUAUUUUUGAGACAUUGAUCUUUGUGAACAUUUGUACAGCAGGUAGCCACAGCUGUCUUCACGCAGGGUUUGAUAUAGGUUCCUGCAAAUAAAGGAAGUGUAUGUGAUAAUAUGCACAGUUUUACACUUUAUAAAAUUAUUUUUUUGCUGUUUUUAUAAUUUUUAAAAUGGAAAACAAAUCCUUAAAAAUUUAAAUUCUUUUUUUAAUAUAAUGACAUGGGCUCAAAGUCAGCCAAAAGUGAAAUUUGUCAGUCUGUUGCUACAACCUGAGAGAAAUUGUACAUAAGCCCUUAUAAAACAACGGGUAAAGCUUAAAUAUAAUUUUUUGCUCAACUUUAAUGGGAAACACUAUAUAAAAGUCAAUACAUUCAUUUGCAAUACAUUUUCUAGGACAACAAAUUCUAGUCUCGAGAGGUUACAGCACUGUCAUUUCUGUCUAAAUGGAGGACUGUGGUUGCCCCCUAAAUGUUAAGCGAAACAUGCUGCGUGAGGACUUGAUUUUAAAGGUCAUUCCAACAGCAUUAUCUUUAUUUUUGAUAUAGAUGUACAUAUCUGCAAAUUCUCCAAUCAUGUAUUUAUUGUGAUGAGGGCCGCUGUUUGCUUUCAGGGUCAGUUUACAUGUUACUGAAGUGGUCCUCCAUCGCAGCUCCUUUCAUCUCGUGUCUUGUGAAUUUUGCUUCACUUGAGAUUGUUGGUUGUAGAAACCUUGAUUAUGAUUGGAUUCUUAUUACUCUUAUUUUUACUAAUAUAUACUUUUAUUUAUCCGCAUCCAUUUCAAGCGACUACUGUAUAAGCAAUUGUUUUGAAUUGGUGGUAGUUUUUUCUUAAGUGUAAGUAUAACACAAUCAUGUUUUGAAAAGAUGUUACUGAUUAUCAGCAGCAAUGUUGUCUUAAAUUACUACAUGCAGCUAUUUAGUCAGUUUUAACCCUGUGCUUUAAGAAACGGCUGACGCACAAUUUGUAGUAAAUAAAUACACAUUUUUGUAGAU